CGCUCAGGAUUUUUUUCUUUUUCUCAUGACGGAUUAUCUCGUUUAAUUUUUCGAGAAUUACCUUCCCACCUCUGUUGUGAAGAGUUCGUCGUGACUUUUGAGACAGAGUCUAGAAGUGCAAAAAUAUUUCAAGGAUUACUUCGAGCCGCUGUUAUAGAAUACAAGAGAAUGCACAUAUCAAUAUGUCCUCCGGCAUUACUGCUUCUUUUCAAAUCCUUCACCAGUUUCGUCGUAUUGGCAGCGCAGUUUCCAAAUUCGGGACCAGACGGGUUUGGAGGAUCAGAUUGCGCUCUGAGACUUAACAGAGAGAAUCACAAUUCUUUCGACAUCAAUUUCAAUACAGUCAAAGGAGGACCUGAGGGUCUGGGGGCGGAAACAUGUAUAACGUACGAAGCUGUAAAUCAAGCGUACAUAGAAGCAAGGAAAAGAAUACAUGUUUCCCAACCAAAAGUACAUUGGCAGGCGCCAGAUGUAGCUUCAGUUGGCGAGUUACUUCUCGACAUCUCAAUCCAGCUCACAAAAAAGUACGGUCUUACCUACGAGGAGGUGGAGAAGGGAUUGCCCCUCAUUGACACUUCCAAAACGCUGAUAAAGGAUGUGUGUCCACCGUUUCUGUCGAAUGUUGAGUGUCGACCGGGCAAAUAUCGUCGCUAUGAUGGGCUGUGCAAUAAUUUGAAACAUCCCACAUGGGGCGCAACAAUGACACCUUUCACGAGGCUAGUGGGGCCGCUGUUCGAGGACGGGAUGACGUCACCACGAGUGAGCACGCAAGGAAAUCCCUUGCCACUACCGCGAGUCGUCUCCAGGACGAUGCACCCGGACGAUGGCUUCCACGACCACGCGGGGACGGUCAUGAUCGUCGCCUGGGGACAGUUCAUGGACCACGAUUUCACUUUGACCGGAACACCUCUAGAUCCAAUUAAUAAAAAUGAACCAGAGGAAUGUUGCCAUAGGCCACCUCAUCUGAAGAAUCCGUAUUGUAUGGAGAUCAUCAUUCCAGAAGACGACUAUUUUUACAAAAAAUUCAAUAUGAAGUGUCAAGAUUUUGUUCGAGCGUUUCCAGCUGUCCGUCCCGGAUGUAGACUAGGCUCAAGGGUCCCGUUCAACACACUUACCGGGUCCAUAGACGGGAAUACCAUUUAUGGCGUCACAGAACAUUUUGCCAGGAGUCUGCGCUCAGGGUUUGGCGGUUUACUGCGGAUGAAUCCUGCCUUCAAAGAAUUCGGCCUUAAAGAUUUAUUGCCGCUAAAAUUAGAUAUACCGGACGAGGGAUGCACUAGAACGAAUAAAUCUCAAUACUGUUUUGAUGCAGGGGAGAUCCGUGUCAACGAGCAACUAGUUUUGGCAUGCAUGCACACGUUGAUGGCCAGGGAGCACAAUCGUGUAGCGCACGGUCUUGGUCAGAUCAACCCUCACUGGGAUGACGAGACUCUCUACCAGGAAGCAAGAAGAAUUGUCAUUGCAGAGAUCCAGCACAUAACUUACAAUGAGUUCUUGCCGAUAUUGUUGGGGAAAGAUGUAAUGCAAAAAUUCGGGCUGGUGCUGCAGAAAGAGGGUUAUUGGGACGGAUACGAUCCUGAAGUCAACCCAAACGUUAUUGACGCUUUCUCAGCAGCUGCGCUAAGGAUCGGCCACACUUUUCUACCAACCGCAGUCGAGCGAUGGAGUAAAGCACAUAAAUUUAUUGCAUCCAAGAGACUAUCCGAUUUGAUCAGACGCCCAUUCGAUUUGUACAGAGCUGGAGUAUUUGAUGAGUACUUGAUGGGUCUCAUGAACCAGGUAGCUCAGGCCAUGGAUGAUUCAAUCACACAGGAGGUGACAAACAAUUUAUUCAAAAAACCUGGCAAGCGAUUUGGAAUGGAUUUAGUAUCGUUCAACAUCCAAAGAGGACGAGAUUUCGGUAUUCCCGGCUACAUGGAGUUCAGGAAAUUCUGUGGUUUACCAGGAGCAAACUCUUUUGACGGCUUGUUUGGAGCCAUGCCGAACUCAACAGUCAGCAGAUACACCACGAUAUAUCAGGGACCAGUGGAUGUAGAUUUGUGGUCAGGAGGAGUUUCUGAGAAACCUCUGCCCGGGAGCAUGGCGGGUCCGACUUUCGCAUGCAUAAUCGCCACUCAAUUUAGUUAUGCUAGAAGAGGAGAUCGCUUCUGGUAUGAGCUACCGAAUCAACCUUCCUCUUUCACACCUGAUCAACUUAAAGAAGUCCGGAAAGCUACUCUAGCACGAAUAAUUUGCGAUAACACAGACUUGAUAGAUACCGUUCAGCUAUGGCCAAUGGUGCUUCCCGAUCACGAAAUAAAUCCAAGAGUGCCUUGCAAGAGUGGUAUCAUUCCAACGAUGGACCUGACAAAAUGGGCAGAUUUCAGUGGAUCGCCCUCGGGGCCGCUGCCGCAUGUAUAGAUCCCUCUGGCGGAAAGUGACCGAAAGAAUCUUUCCACAGCAACACUUUGAAUCUCGCGCAUCAUCCCUUUGCGUCUCUACCAGUGGCGAGUUUGCAAACUGGCAACAUUGUUUUUCCUCCAUUUAAAUAAACUAAAAAUAUCAAUUAAAACAUCGAAAUAUAAAUUCCUCACAAAAAAUCGAUCGUUAUACAUACCUAUAGUUAAGAGGAAGAAAAGCAGUGUUGCCAAUUUUCAGAAUAGCGUCUCUAUGAUACGUUUUUAAGAACUGAUGUUGUAAAGCAAUUUCUAAUGUACCAAAGGCACUCGGUGCCAAAAGUCAACACAUACAUUGCAUGAAACUUGUAUUUCACACCUCGAGAAAUGGAGCCACUAUAUCAUCAAUGAAAACUAUGUAACAAGUGCCCCAGCCAUAGCGACUUACUUCGUUGUUUCCUGGACGAACGAAAGUAACUGCAUUUCAACGUUGCCAAAUUCCCUUUCACAAUUUUUAUUUUUGCCUGAACAUUUUCAUUGCAAGUUUCACAGAUUUUUCCAUGAUUUGUUGUCAGAAAUCAGUGAAAUUUGAGAUUUUGCAGCCUUGAAAUAGAGCUACGUUCCUUCGUUUGGGAAACGACAAAGUGCGUUGCGUUAUGCAAAGUUCUUUUAAAAAUCAUUUUUUUUACUCAUAAAGAGGUAACAUUUUCCCUCUAAAUUAUCUUAUGUUUUUGACGAAAUUUCCUAACAUUUUUUCUGUAAAAUAUUCACCUGUAAAUUAAUGAAAAUAUAAUUUGUCAAA